GAAACGAAGUUUCAGACUUGUUUCUCUUUUCUAACCUGUCAGUUUCUUCUAUUUGUUUCUUUGAAAUUUCAAUCAAACAACUUUGUGCAUAAUUUCAAAGUCACAUUAAUCAUAGUGGACGGGUUGUUGACUUGACAAAGUCUAUCCCAAAACAUCUCCUACCACUCACUCACCCCUGUUAUAAAUCUUGUUUUCUCAUAAUACAUCUUCAUCUCUCAACCAAAAAAAAUCAAACAGACUUUUUUCCAUUUACAUUCUUUUGAGUUACAACUUGAAAUAUGGCUGAAGCUGUUAUUGAAGUUGUCCUUGAUAAUUUGAGCUCACUCAUUCAGAAAGAGUUUGACUUAUUUCUGGGUUUCGAUCAAGACUUCAAUAGUCUUUCCAGCUUGCUAACUACAAUCAAGGCUACUCUUGAAGAUGCUGAGGAGAAACAAUUCUCAAACAGAGCUAUCAAGGAUUGGCUUCUUAAGCUCAAAGAUGCUGCUCACGUCCUCGAUGACAUCUUGGACGAGUGUGCCACUCAAGUGCUGGAGUAUGAAGGAGUAAAGGACAGACUUUCAAACAAGGUACAAAGCUCUUUCUUAUCUUGUUUUCAACCCAAGCAUAUUGCUUUCCGCUACCAAAUUACUAAGAAAAUGAAGAGGAUAAGAGAGAGAUUAGAUGAAAUCGCUGAUGAAAGGACCAAAUUUCAUUUGACUGAGAUUGUUAGAGAGAAGAGAAGUGGAGUUCUUGAUUGGCGCCAAACUACUUCAAUCAUUUCUCAACCUCAAGUCUACGGAAGAGAAGAAGAUAAGGAUAGAAUCAUAAACUUUUUGGUUGGUGAUGCUUCUAGUUUCGAGGAUUUCUCUGUUUAUCCAAUAAUUGGUCUUGGUGGACUUGGAAAGACAACAAUUGCCCAAGUUAUAUUCAAUCAUGAGAAGGUAGUCAGUCACUUUGAGCUAAGAAUUUGGGUGUGUGUCUCAGAAGAUUUUAGUUUGAAGAGAAUGACAAAAGCCAUCAUUGAAUCAGCCACUGGCCAUGCUUGUGCAGAACUGGAUCUAGAGCCAUUACAAAGAAAACUUCUAGAUUUGCUUAAAGGAAAAAGGUAUUUGCUAGUGCUGGAUGAUGUAUGGGAUGAUGAACAAGAAAAUUGGCAGAGGUUGAAAUCUGUAUUGUCAUGUGGGGGAAAAGGCACAUCAAUUUUGGUCACCACUCGUCUUCUAAAGGUUGCAGCAAUCAUGGGAACAAUGCCCCCUCACGAUUUAUCAAUGCUAUCCGACACGGAUUGUUGGAAAUUGUUGAAACAAAGAGCCUUUGGACCAAAUGAGGAAGAAAGGGAAGAACUAAUGGUCAUAGGAAAGGAGAUAGUAAAGAAGUGUGGGGGUGUGCCUCUUGCAGCAAUGGCAUUAGGAAGUCUCUUGCGUUUCAAAAGAGAGGAGAUAGAGUGGCUCAAUGUCAAGGAAAGCAAACUAUGGGAUUUACAAGGUGUAGAUCAUGUCAUGUCUGCCUUAAGGUUAAGCUACUUGAAUUUGCCAGUAAAAUUGAGACAAUGUUUUGCCUUGUGUGCACUGUUUCCCAAAGAUGAAAUAAUAAACAAGAAAUUUUUGAUUGAUCUUUGGAUGGCUAAUGGUUUUAUUUCAUCCAAUGCAAUUCUAGAAGCAGAAGAUAUUGGAAAUGAGGUGUGGAAUGAGUUAUAUUGGAGAUCAUUUUUUCAAGAUAUAGAGAAAGAUGGUAUUGGUGAAAUUGAAAAUUUUAAAAUGCACGACCUUGUUCAUGAUCUUGCUCAAUCUGUUGCUGAAGAGGUUAGUGGUUGCAUUACAGAAUCAAGCCUAUCUAAAAGAAUCCUCCACCUCUCUGCUUAUGAUGAGAAAUCAUCUGAGAUAGUCGAUUCAUUAAAGUUGCAUGGAAUCAAAUCAUUGAGGACCUUUUUAAUGUGUCGAUACGAUUGUUCAGCACGUCAAAUACUAAAAUGUUAUUCUUUACGAGUACUUGACUUUGAAAGAAUAAAAGAGUUGCCAUCUUCGAUUUGUCAUUUAAAACAUUUAAGAUACUUGGAUCUUUCUGGUGGAGAUUUCAAAACUCUUCCAGAAUCCUUAUGCAAGUUAUGGAAUUUGCAGAUUUUAAAGUUAGAUGAUUGUAACAACCUCCAAAGGUUGCCAGAUGGGUUGGUACAGAUGAAAGCUCUACAACAUAUAUCUUUGAACUGUUGUUACUCACUAUCAAGCUUGCCUCCUCAUAUAAGGAAGUUGGUUUCCCUAAAAACUUUGACCCUUUAUGUAGUUGGCAAGAAAAGUGGGUUUCUUUUGGCGGAACUAGGACAAAUGAACCUUAUCGGAGACCUUUACAUUAAGCACUUGGAGAGAGUAAAAAGUGUAAUGAAUGCCAAAGAAGCUAAUAUGUUGAGAAAGCGCGUGAACAUAUUGCAAUUGUCAUGGGAAAUAAAUGAAGAGUCCCAAUUACAAGAAAAUGUUGAGGAGAUUCUUGAAGUGCUUCAACCUCAAACACAACAACUUCAGUUUCUGACAGCGGAAGGAUAUACAGGUGUCUAUUUCCCACAAUGGAUGUCUAGUUCUUCUCUAAUUUUUUUAAGUACUCUAAAGCUCAUUGAUUGCAAAAGAUGUUUACACCUUCCAGACUUGGGGAAACUUCCUUCUCUAAAGAAGCUAUAUGUAUCUAACAUGAUUCAUGUAAAAUACCUAUAUGAAGAAUCAUCCAAUGGUGGAGUUGUAGGAGGUUUCACAAAUCUAGAAUUUUUGAUACUAAUUAAGAUGCCAAACCUGGUAAGUUUAUCGAGGGAGGACAGAGAAAACAUGUUUCCGUACCUUUCAAAACUUCAAAUUUUCAAAUGUCCUGUAAUGUUGGAAUUGCCUUGCCUUCCAUCUCUCAGUUAUUUGUAUGUAGGAGGGAAAUGCAACCAACAUUUACUAAGAUCAAUUCAUAAACAUCAUACUCUUGAAGAACUUAUUUUCACCAAACAUAAAGAGCUAAGUUGCUUUCCAGAUGGAAUGCUAAGAGACCUCACUUCUCUAAAGUUUCUUGGCAUUUAUCACCUUUCUAAGCUUGAGCAACUCCCAGCUGAAAUCAAUAACAUUAAUGUUAUCCAGGAGAUAAAUAUCAUUGAUUGUGAGAACCUCAAGUCAUUGCCGGAUGAAGUAAUACAUCGGUUGCACUCUCUGAAGAGAUUGAGUAUUGCGUUUUGCAAAAAGUUCAAGCUAUCAGAAAGUUUUCAAUACCUCACUUGUCUUGAGGAAUUGAUAAUCCAAAGUUGCCCAGAAAUAGAAGGUUUGCAUGAGGCAUUACAACAUAUGACUGCUCUUCAAUUUUUGGCAUUGGGUGAUUUUCCAAACCUGGCAUCCCUUCCUGACUGGUUAGGAAACCUAGGCUUGCUUCACACAUUACUUAUUUCUGAUUGUCCAAAGCUGGUCUGUCUUCCCCUGAGCAUUCAACGCCUUACUAGUCUGAAAUAUUUGGGAAUUUACGGUUGCAGACAGUUAGGGAAACGAUGUAAAGAGAACACGGGUGAGGAUUGGCAUAAAAUAGCUCACAUUCAACGCAUUAAAGUAAAAGACGGUGGAAUGACCUUCAGAGGACUAGGAGGAUCUGAUUUUUACAUCUAGCCAAAUUGAAUAAAAAAGUUUAAGUUAUUUCAUUUAAUUUAUUUUUAAAAACUAUUUUUUUAGUUUUUAUUUUCUGGUCCCAAAAUAGGUGGCAUGAUACUUUCAUACCUAUUAAAAAAAUGUAAUAAAUAAAAAAAAAUAUUUUAUUAAAUUAUUAUUAAUGAUUCAUAUAUUUGAAUUAGCAUGCAAAAUGAAAAAGCAAUAAAUUAAAAGUAU